AUUUUAUUAUAAAGAUAUAUUUUCCAAAAUACAAAAUGAUUUAACAUAUUUUUUUUGCAUGAUCUCUUCAACAAAAUAUACACAAUGGAUUACGAGCCACCCACAACCACUAACAACACAAUCAUUAACCAAUAAAAAUCCGCCACCUCAUCUUCACAUCUUAUCCAACGGAUUCCACUCCACCAUCCAUUUCUAUUUCUUCAUACUAAUUCCAUCAUCAUUCUCUCAAGCAUUUCAACAAACAGAUCGGAGGAGAUGGCUUUCACAAUCUCCACAAGCUUCUUCCAACCACUCGAAAUCUCCAAAUCCUCGCAGUUCGGAUCCAAAUUGAAGGUGAUCACCAGCAACAACAUCGUCUGUUCUGGUGCCACAGAAGACAAAAGCAAUGAAAAGGGAUCGUUAAAAGCUUGGUCAGCAGCUCUCGCUCUCUCUUCCAUCUUGGUUUCGUCGACUAUCCCGGCGCUUCCAGCCUCCGCCGACAUCUCCGGACUCACUCCAUGUAAAGAGUCCAAACAGUUCGCCAAGAGAGAGAAGCAGUCACUGAAGAAGCUUGAAAGCUCUCUCAAGCUUUACGCCCCCGAGAGUGCUCCUGCACUUGCUAUUAAGGCUACCAUGGAAAAGACCAAGCGCAGAUUUGACAACUAUGGAAAGCAAGGAUUGUUGUGUGGAUCUGAUGGGCUUCCACACUUGAUAGUGAGUGGAGAUCAAAGGCAUUGGGGAGAGUUCAUUACACCAGGGAUUCUGUUUCUGUACAUUGCUGGAUGGAUUGGGUGGGUUGGAAGGAGUUAUUUGAUUGCAAUUAGGGAUGAGAAGAAGCCUACAAUGAAAGAGAUCAUCAUCGAUGUUCCAUUGGCUUCAAGUUUGGUAUUCCGUGGGUUUAUUUGGCCAGUUGCUGCUUAUCGUGAGUUGUUGAAUGGCGAACUUAUUGACCCAUCUGUCUAACUUCUUUGCUACAACUUUAUAUGUAUCUAAUGUUAUGUAUCUUGUGUUACUUUGAUUUUUGUUAAAUUUAAAGGACAAUUUCGCAACUUGAAGUGUACAUUUUUUUUGUAUUGAUUGAAAGUUUGGAACAUUAAAUAGUAGUUUUGAGUGUCCAUAAUCGUUUGCACUUUGAAUUGAUUGAAAGUUUGGAACAUCAAAUUUAUUUAUGAAACCUUUUUUUGGAGGAAGAUUUUAAGUAAUUCAAAAUUUCUUUUAGUUUUUAGUUUAUAAAAUUAACUUGAAAAAGAACAAGAAGUUUUAAAUCCAAAA